AUGUCUUCCCAAAAGUACAAUGUCGACCUAUUCAACAAGGACAACUUCGAGCAGGGUCUGCAGAACCGCCGCAAGGUCGUGGGCGAUGCCUACGUCGACGGUGCCUUGAAGGCUGGAUCAACUGAAUUUUCCUGGCCCAACCAGCAACUCGUGACCGAAUAUUGUUGGGGAGGCAUCUGGUCGCGCCCCGGCUUGACCUUUCAGCAGAGAAGUCUUUUGAACAUCGGCAUGCUCAUCGGCCUGAAGAGUUGGCCGGAGCUUGGCAUCCAUAUCCGCGGCGCCAUCAAUAAUGGCGUCACCGAGCUCGAGAUUCGUGAGGCCAUCCUCCAAUCUUCCAUUUACUGUGGCGUCCCUGCUGGCAUUGAGGCUACCAAGACGGCGACGCGUGUCAUCAACGAGAUGGUUGCCAAGGGUGAACACAAGAGGCAACUCUCCGAGAGCGUUCCCUCUUCUGAGUAG